CAGGGUUUGAAUAGGGGCGGCGAUGGCGGACGGGGCUGAUGAAACUGAGACUCACAGUGUGGUCUACAGGCAGCUGCAGGACAUCGUUCUCAUUCAGCAGCAGCAGAUUGAGAGCUUGAUAAAGGAUGGAGAAGAAGAAUCAGUAAGCAAAAAGAUGUAUGAAGAUGUUGUGAAAGAAUUGGAGAAUGAAAGAUUUGAACAUGCUAAAACAAAAGCACUACUUUCCAAGGAGACUGAAAAACUGCAAUUUGCACUUGGUGAAAUAGAAAUUCUGAUGAAACAGCUGGAGCGAGAAAGGAAGGCCUUUGAAAAUGCACUGGCAAGUGUUAAAAACAAGGCAAUGAAGGAGUUAAACAAAAAUGACAAGUUAAAAAGCAAAUGCAAUGAUAUUGAAAAUCAAAUAGAAAAGCAAGAAGAUAUUUUGAGUAGCAAAGAAGAUCAGAUUAAGGAACUUUGUCAUCAACUUGCCAAGCAGAAAGCUACAUUGAAACAACAGGUUACUGACUUCGAAAUAGAGAAACAGCAGAAUGCAUAUAUAGAACGUGUACUGGAAGGAAAGAAGAGGAAAGCACAUGGAAAGUUCCAUCAUGCUUCAAAGUAGUCUUGUGUACAUAGACUUUAAAAUAUUUCCUCACAUUACAGUAUCAUUUUCAGCUGGUGGAAUUUGAAACUGAUGCUCUUGGCAAAGAGUUGCCUCCAUAGUUUAACAGUACACCAUGGGAACAGACCCUUCAGAUCAUGGUGUCUGUUCUGAUCAUGAUGCGUUUAAACUAAUCUCAACUGUUUGCACAUGGUUCGUAAGCUACCAUUCCUUGCUUGUUUAUGUAUCUGUCUAAAAUCCUCUUAAAUGUUACUAUCAUGCCUAUUUUCACUGUCUCCCUGGCAGCUGAUUCCAAGCAACUACCACUCUCUGUGUAGCUUUUAAAAAAGCUCUGCAUAGAGAUCGCCUUUAAAUUUUUACCCUCUCUCCUUAAACUCAUUUCCACUCAUAUUUAAUAUAUUUUUUUGUUCUCCAAGGGUGAACAAUUUACCAUAUCUGACUAUUUACCGUAUCUCUGCUUCUCAUAAUUUUAUACACUUUUGUCAGGUUGCCACUACCUCACCAAGGACUGUUUAGGGCUCUGAAUGGUGGUGAGGGAGGAGGUGUAGCACUUGUUCUGCUACCAAGGGUAAGUGCCAGGAGGGAGAUCAGUGGGGACCGACGAAUGGACAAGUGAGUCGUGCAGGGAGUGAUCCUUGUGGAAAGCAGAAAGUAAGGGAGAGGAAAAGGUGAGCUUAGUGGUCAGGGCAUCAGGGAUAUGGUGAGAAGGCAGGUGUAUGGGGUUGAUUGGCACCCGGGAUCAGCCAUGAUGAAAUGGCAGAGCGGACUCAGUGGGCUGAUUGGCCUAAUUCUGCUCCUAUGUCUUAUGGUCUUAUUCCAGAGAAAACAAUUCAAGUUCAUUCAGCCCCUCUCCAUACACUAAUGAUCUCUUAUUUACUGCCACUGGCAUUUAGGACAGCAAUGAAGGUAGCUCCUCCCUCUCUGUUCAUACCGUUGCACACCGAUAAAGAAGAAUUCUCAUUGCUAUUUCCGUAACAAUUUUUUUGACCAUUCAGGGUUGUUAGCUCUGAGCUGAACCCCAAACCUGGAGGACCGGUGGACCACUCUUCAUCUGGCCACUUGUUUGGCAUGGGUGACCCUACCAAGAGCCAAAGCACAAGGCCCUGACUUUAGCCAACAUAACUCUCCGGGUCAUUGAGCUUACAAGCCCUAUGACAAGGUUGUGAUCCUCUCUAAGGAAUAAUCCAUAAUCCAGGCAAAAUCUUGGUGAACCUCAUUUAAACCCUUGCCGAAGCUUCUACAUCCUUCCUAUAAUGUGGCGACCAGAACUGUGUGCAAUACUAGCCCAAGUUUUUUACAGCUGCAACAUGAUUUCCCAACUUUUAUACUAAAUGUCCCAGCUGCUAAAGGCAAGUUUACUUUUUUACCGCUCUACUGCAAAUUUCAAGGAGCUAUGGACUUCUCAAGAUUUCUGGAAUUAUACUGGACAAAGCCACCAUCAAAGGAAAUUAAAUGGAUUGACUGUUGGACAACUUUUUUGGAUGUCUAUAUUCCUGGACUUUUGACUUGAGAUGCACUUUUAUCCACAAAAUGAGUAUAAUGCAGUAGAUUUUAUUUGUAUUAACCCCUUGUUGAAUCACAGUGGUAGAAUUUUAUCAGCAUUCUGUCUUAGUUUCUCUGUUCUAAUGUUUCAAUAUUGCCAUUUGUCUCACUUUAAAGUGUUUUAACUCUAAAGAUGUAAUAUUAGGCAUUUUAUCAAAAAACCAUGGAGCAUUUUCUGUGAAUGUGCCAACUUGGGACUACAGUUUAGUUAUAUUCACUAUUGAGUGCUCUGUUUAAAGAAUUUUUGUUGCAUCAUUGAUUUUCUCUUGUGUAUGUGUUGUACCCAUUAUUUUGAAAUAUUUAGAACGUUCUGUGAUGAAGGAAAUGAAAGUAAUAUUACCAAUUUUUCUAUGCUGUGUGUAGAAACUGUGAAUGGCAAAUGGUGCUGUAGUACUCACCAUCUACAACAGCACACACAGUGGGUCAGGCAGCACCUGUGGAGAGGAAUAUGGUCAAUGUUUCAGGGGCCACUUCAUCAGGACUUGAAAGGAUAAGAAGAUAGGGUAGAAGGGAAGGGAUUGAUUACAAGCUGGCAUGCGAUGGGAUGAAGUAAGAAGCUGGGAGAUGAUAGAUAGGAAAGGUGAAGAACUGAAGAAAUCUGAUUUAAAUUCACUCACCAUCUAAAGUGCUGUGUGAAAAGUCUUAGGCAUAUACUAUAUAUCUGGGUGCCUAAGACUUUAGCACAGUACUGUAGUAAUUUUAUGUAUUGCACUGUACUGCUGCCACAAAACAAAGAACAAAUUUCAUGACAUACGUGAAUGAUGAUAAACCUGAUUCUGACCUGGGUUUCUACUGUGGAGUGAGAGUGGGAAGGGGGAAGGGAGCAGGAAGCGCCAUCAAAAUGUUCUGUAAUGAUCAAUGAAUCAAUUGUUUGCAAUCAAAUAACCUUGCCUAGUGUCUCAGGGCUGGGUGUGUCUUCACCUGUGCUAUCCCCCACGCCUAAGACUUUUGCACAGUACUGUAUAUCCCUUUAAGAGAUUGAAAUUUUUGUAGCUGCAAUUGGUCCUGUACUGGGAAGAUAAAUAUACUUAUAGAAAGUAUGAAAAGAUGAUUUGUCACUGCAGGAAUUAUGCAUAAAAUGCAUGUCAUUUCCCUCCAGUUUUUUUCCUUCAGUAGCACAGUAUUAAGAUCAUCGAAACUAAACUGUCAAAAGUCACGAUAUGUGCUUUUGAAAUUCCUUCAGGACAUUGAGUAAAGGAAUUGGGAUUCUAUAUUGCAGUUGUACAAGAUGUUGGUGAGACUACAACCUUACACUGGUGUAUUGAAUAAUAAGGAAUGUAGAUAAGGUGAACUUAAAAACAAGAGGCCAUCAGUUUAAGCUGAGAGGUGAAAGAUUUAAAAAUGACGCGAGGGGCAACUUCUUUAUGAAGAGGGUGGUGUGUAUAUGGAAUGAGCUACCAGAGAAAAUGUUGAGGCAGAUACAAUAACAACAUUUAAAAUAUUUUAAAUAGAUAGAUGGACAGGAGGGAUUCAUUGAGAUAUGGGUCAAACACAGGUAGGUGAGACUAGUGAUAGAGUUGUGCUAAAGGCCCUGUUUUCAUGCUGUAUUACUCUCUAAAUCAAUUUGUAUUGUUUAGGUAUACUUUUUGAAGAUGUUUUAUGUAAAAUGCUUUGGCAAUUUAAAACAGAUUAUAUUUUAUUUCACCUAAGUCUUGGUUUAAACAUUAAAGAGUUUGGUAGUUAGCGAUCUGAUUUGAAUA